UUAGAGCUCUGAAAACUAACUAGCCUAGACUAGGAAGGAAAAAAUCCACUCUGUAAUCUACACGUUCCAAGCAAAACUAAAAACCAUUCUCCCUCUCUCUCUUCCCAUUCUAUUCGGAUUUUCUUACAUUCACAGAAACCCAUCUCCGAUCUCGUCUCCCUCUCUCUGAACAUUCACUAUUCACAAACACCAAUCUCAUUUCUCCUCAUUUCCUCGUCUCGCAACUCAUUAAAGGGAUUGGGCGAUCUUUCUUGAUCUAUCUGUCGACUGCCAGGACUCCCCUGUGGAGUAAUAAACAAGGUUUGAGCAAGAAAUAGUAUCGGUUUUAUAAUCGAAUGGGAAUAUCUUUUUCCUGUCCUGGAGCUGAUUAUGAUGUUUUGAAUGAAGGUUUUGACGGUGUUAUUGUGAGAUCUAUUAGUUUCCACGGUGAUGAUGUCAAAACAGCGCUUCGAUCCGUAAGCUUUAAUGGAAGAGAUUCUAAACCAACCAUUCUGAAAUCAGUUGGCUCCGGAAAAAUGAUCUUUGAAGGAUCUGUGAGUUUAAAAAGUAAUGAUAUGGAUACAAUGAUCUCACUUAAAUCUUCUUCAUCAGAUAUCGAAAACAAUGUACUUAUUAAGCCUGUUAUGAAGGAUGUUAGCAUUCCAUUCUCAAAAUCAGAUAGUCUCACCACCAAUAAGAUUUCGUGGUCACCUGAGUUGGAUUCCGGUAAUCCCAAACAUGAAGCUGCUUUGAAAUUGCAGAAAGUUUACAAAAGCUUUCGAACACGAAGAAAGCUUGCAGAUUGUGCUGUUCUUGUGGAGCAAGGAUGGUGGAAAUUACUGGAUUUUGCUGAACUGAAACGGAGUUCAGUUUCAUUCUUUGAGGAUGAGCAACAUGAGACUGCUAUUUCUCGAUGGUCAAGAGCAAGAACUAGAGCUGCAAAGGUUGGAAAAGGUCUAUCCAAGGAUGACAAGGCUCAAAAGCUUGCCUUGCAGCAUUGGCUUGAAGCGAUUGAUCCACGACACCGGUAUGGCCACAACCUACAUUUCUACUAUGUAACAUGGCUCCGAUGUGAUAGUAGACAACCUUUCUUCUACUGGUUAGAUAUAGGAGAUGGAAGGGAGAUCAAUCUUGUGGAUAAAUGCCCUCGGUCAAGGCUUCAACAACAGUGCAUCAAAUAUCUUGGUCCGAUUGAAAGGAAGAAUUAUGAAGUUAUAGUGGGCGAUGGCAAAUUCAUGUACAAGCAGAGUGGAGAGCUGCUUAACACAUCUGAAGCAUCAGAUGAUGCUAAGUGGAUCUUCGUUCUAAGUACAUCAAAGAAUUUGUAUGUUGGGCAGAAAAAGAAAGGCACAUUCCAACAUUCAAGUUUUUUGGCAGGUGGAGCGACAUCUGCAGCUGGACGAUUAGUCGUUGAAAAUGGUAUACUGAAGGCGGUUUGGCCUCACAGUGGACAUUACAGACCUACUGAGCAAAACUUUCAGGAAUUUGUGUCAUUUCUCACGGAACACAAUGUUGAUCUCACCGAUGUUAAGAGAAUUUCAACUGACGAGGAUGAGAGCAUCAAAACAAGCCAACACGGUAAUAUCAGCCUCAGAAGCAAUUCAUCGGAAGAAGACUUGACGAAAACAGAAGAAGAAACUAAUUCAGAUGAAUCGAAUGAAGAAGAGAAAACUGAGUCGGAUAAACAAGAAACGGAUACUGAACCACAUAAACCCAAGUCAAAACGGUCUCAACGUUUCAGCGAAAAGCUGACUACACUUGAAAUACCAAACAGAGUCAAUUUGUUUGUGGCUUCAGAAAUUAGUCUAUCACGGAGAAGUUGUAAUCGUUUCUCCAUGGGAUCUCCAUUGGUGGGUUACGAGACUGCCGAUGAAUCGCUAGAGGAUGACGACGAAGAUUACGCAGUUCCUACAAGGAAACUGAUCGAAUCAGAUGAAGAAGGUGAAGAACCACAAGAACAAGAACAAGAACAAAAGGAAGUCAUUCCCAAGAAGUCCAUUCUUCGUAGGAUCAAUUCGAAGAAAGAGUUGCAUUCAUAUCAACUAGGGAAGCAAUUGUCUUUCAAAUGGACGACAGGUGCCGGUCCUCGUAUAGGUUGUGUGAGGGAUUACCCAUCAGGACUCCAAUUUCGUGCAUUAGAGCACGUAAAUCUAUCUCCACGGCCUGGUGGUAAGAGUAGUCUCAGUAGUCCGAAACCAUCAACUCCGACCAUUUUUUGGAGAGAUGCCAUGACGACACCCACAACAACAACACCGCCAGUGACACCCACAAUAUCAAAUUUUAGAUGAAACAGAAACCAAAUAAUUGAUUCAUUAUUCAUUCAUCCAUCCAUCCAUUCUUUUGUGAGUAAAAGAAAUAUAGGAAUUCUUUUGCAUUCUUAAUUAUUUUUUUUCAUUUUUUUUACUACAAUUCUUUUUGUAGAUCUUACGGUGAAUUAUGACGCCAAAUGUGUAGAAAUUUUGUUGGGUUCCAAAUGCCCUUUAAAUAGUGGAAAUUAAUUCUUUCUCA